AUGGCGAUCUGUACUUAUAACGCACGUACGCUUGCAUCGGAAGCGGCCAUCGAAGAUCUGAUGAUGCAAGCCAAGAAGAUCAACUACGACGUCAUCGGACUGACCGAGACGAGACGACGUCACCCUCUCAACGCCGUAUAUGAAACUGGAGAAGAACUGUUCUUAGGAACAUGCGACAGUAGAGGUGUUGGUGGAGUUGGCGUCCUCGUCAACACAACUAUGGCAAAGAACAUCGACUCUUUCGAACAACUUACGAUCCGAAUCGGACGUCUGCGGAUGAGAAGAUGUGGUUCAACACCAGCUUUGACUAUCUUCGUCGCUUACGCUCCAACAUCAAGCUACGAAGAAGAAGUCGAAGCUUUCUUUAUGGACCUGGAGAAGUUCUACCGAGAAGAUCAUGCCUUCUACAAGGUCAUAAUUGGCGAUUUCAACGCCAAAGUUGGCAAAAAAACGCCUGAGGGACUUCGCAUCGAGACCCACGGCCUACAAUGGAAUGAACAGGGGGAGAGGCUCUCCGAGUUCAUCAUAACGACUAAGACCACCCAUGAGAACUCGCAAUUCCAAAAGCCCUCCUCUCUACGCUGGACGUGGGAGUCAUCCGGUGAAGGGUACCGUAAUAAAAUAGACCACAUCAUCGUCAAUAAAAGGUUCUGCCUGACGGACGUCGCUGUUGUACCAAAGUUCUAUACGGACCAUCGUCUCCUCCGAGGAAAAUUCUCUUUCACAAGGAGAGCAGAGAAAGCCGCCAAGUUCAGAGGGAGAAAUCCCAGAACUGUCAUCAACUGGGAUCUCUUCGCUACGUUAGCCGGCUUUUGGGAAGAUUCCGCAAUGGACAACAUCGACGAGGAAUAUGACCGGCUUGUUGAACACCUUCGCGACUGCGCGAAGAAGGCUGAGAGUUCUAAAACCACCAAGAGACGCCUGUCUCUUGAAACUCUUGAGCUGAUACGCCAGCGUGGAGCAGCACGAGCUGCAGGGAACCAAGAACUCACGUCCGUUCUCGCAAGGCUUUGCAGAGAGGCGAUAAAGGAAGACCUUAAAGAGGGAAGAGCAGAAGUGCUGGCGGAAGCUGCAGAGGCGGGGAAAAACAUCCGCUAUGCCCGUCGAGACUUCGCCAGUCACAAGACGAGGAUGACUGCUCUCCGGAACCCGAAGGGAACAGCCAUUGCGUCGAGAAGAGGGAUAGAGAAAAUUAUCUACGACUUCUACUCCGAUCUCUUCCAUGUCCACUUGCCUCCUCACCAUCUGAGGGAAGACGGACAUGUCAUUCGGGAGGUUCUCCCGUCCGAAAUACGACAUGCUAUCAUGUCGGUAAGAAAUCGUACGGCACCCGGUCCCGACAGAAUAAGACCAGAACACCUGAAGAGCCUUCCGCCAGUACUCAUCAACACCCUGGCGAGGCUCUUUAUGCGUUAUCUGUCGGAAUGCAAGGUUCCUAAACAGUGGAAGACCAGCAAGACCGUGUUGUUGUAUAAAAAGGGAGUCCACAUGACAUCGGCAACUAUCGCUCAAUCUGCUUAG